AUGCAUUGUUCAAUUUGUGGAAAAGCAGAUCACAACAAGAAGGGCCAUCAGAAAUUCAUGGAGAGGGAGAGUGAGAGGGAAGCAAAUGAGAUGGAAGAAGAAAUAGAAGAUCCUUCCAUUUUAAAUGACAUCAGGACACAUAUGGAGGACACAAGGCUAGAUCCUAUGCAUGUGCCUUUCAGAAUGGUACAUAUAAUGAGGCAAGAGGAGAGAAUCCAUGUUUCAAAUGUCAAACCACCUGGUCCUUUGCCAGAUAUAUCUAGAUUUGUUGCUGAUGCCAGGGACUCCAUUCCUGAGAGAAGAACAAUUACUACUGCUACAACCAGAGGAAGGAAUAGGGGAAAAGGCAAAGGGAGGCCACUAGAUGAUGAAGAAACCAUUGGUGCUACAAGCAGAGGAAAAAACAAGAGACAGAAAGCAGGUACUAGCACAUACCCAGGUGAUGGAAGCAAUUGUGCAAGAGGGCCCAACAAUGCAACAAGAGGAGGUUCAAUAGCUGCAAGAGGUGGCCGAAGUGGUGGUGCAAGAAAGGGAGAAAAUGCUACACUAGGUGGAGGAAAUGCAACAAUAGGAGGAGCAAAUGCUGUUGGAAGAGGGGGAACAAAUUCUACAAGAGGUGGACGAAGUGGUGCUGGAAGAGGGGAAGCUAAUGCUGCACAAGGUGGAGGAAAUGCUGUUGGAAGAGGAGGUGGUGCUGAUGGAAGUGGUGGAACAGUUGGUGGAAGGGGCUGGUGCUAUCUUUUGCUUGGAGAACAUGGAGAAAGGAGAGAUGCAUCUGUUCCAGACCUAAAUGCUGCUGCAAUCCCUGACCUCAAUGCUCGAGAAGAGAUCAUUGUGACCCAAAAUGCGCCUACGGGUCCUUUCUAA